UUUUCGAAACGUACAUGGUUCGUUUUAUUUUACUUAAAAUUCAUAGUCUUGCGAAAAGUAAAAUCCAUCUAUAGGUUCGGCUUGAAUAAAAAGAUUAGUGUUGUCUUACAGAAUGGGCAAAGUGUGCCGUCGAGGCGCGUUGUUUUUCUUCGCAGGACUGUUUGCCCUUGGUGCUACGGCGGCUGUUAUGCAAGCUUUGUUAAGCAAUAACUGGGUGCAUUGUGAAGUGGAAAAAAUCGUGCAAAACAAAAGCAGCAACCGAGGCUGGAUAGAGUUCGGAUUGAUAAGAGGCUGCCAGGGAAGAAAACCCACAGCUCACAGUCAAAUCAAGCAAGAGUGCUUUGAAGUAUUCAAAGAAUUUGAAGGUGUUUUCAAUUUGAAGAUUCUGUAUGCUGUAAUUGCAUGUCUUGUGUUUGCUGGUUUAAUGCUGAUACUGUGUGCUGGACUUAGUUUCUAUAACGAGUUUACAAAGUCGUCUUAUGUCGUUCUUGGGUCACUUGGUCUCUACAUUGCAAAUGGAGCUGCAUUCUUUUUCAUGCUGUGUGCAGUCAGUUUGUUCUCGGGACUCUAUCAUCAACAAAUCAAGAAAAAUGUCAUAAAGAGUAGCGAAAUUGAAGAAGGAUUUACCAGCAAAGACAAUUCAUCGCUAAAGUUUUCGUUCUGGAUUUUGGUGUCAGGUUUUUCCGUGCCGCUGAUAAAUAUUCUGCUGAUUUUCCUUAACAGUGCCAAAGCGAAGAGUUACUUCAACAAAGCACCGACAAUCCCAACUAGUAAUGUUGACGGAAUGAUGUUAUAUUGAUGUUAAAUGUUGUCUGAAUAUAAAAAAGUCUUGCUCGAAAUGAAAGAAAACUUCUCUGUAGUCACCCUGUUUCUCCGUGAAAGGGAACUUUCGUCAUUAUUAGAAAAAUACCUUAAAACUGAAAGAAGAAGUCAGUUGGUGAUUUAUACAACAAGUGUUUUGGUUGUUGGCGAAUCCAUUAUUUUCAAUACCAGAUUAAUUGAUGAAGUAUGUUCCAUAUACGAAAAAGCGAGUAAUUGUCAUUCAAAACCAUUGUGAACGUCUCUGUAAUCGUUAUUUGUUAAUCGUAGUUUUCGAGAGAUGUAAAUGAACAACUUUUUGGUUAAAGAUCGAUUGUCAUAAAUAAUUGCAUUGACUAAAGACGGAACGCAGAAUCAAAAUGAGAUCUAAUUUAUUUGCACAACAUGUAGCAUUUCUUAAAGUUUGAAAUUAGAUUUCAGGUUUGUAUCUUUCAAAAUAUCGAAGUCCCGGAUCCAGAAGAAUUGGCUUUGUAUAUGGGCCAUAUUUGAGAGACGGUAUAUUUGGCAGUUGAACAUGUCGGAAUCAGUAAGCGGCACUUGAUGGAUGAUACACUGUUUCUUUUAUAACAAUGGUAUAACCUCACGAGAAUGUACAAAUUGAAACUUUUAUCCAAAGUUCCUCAAAAAUGGCAGCACACUAUUCUUGACAUGCCUCGGCCCAUUCUCCUCCUAACGGUGUCGCACUGUUCCUACCAAUUUUUUAAUGACACGGAGUCCGGAGCAGCGCUUCUCCUUGCGAUAGUAACUUCUAGUUUAGAUCAUAUAUGACAAAUAAUUAGAUUUAGUAAUAAAGGUACACUGUCACACUCCUUA